GCGCGACUGUACAACACCACUUCACUCUAACCUCACUCGCCCUUCCUCCAAAGCCUUAUCCUCAUCCCUCUCAAUCCACUAUCCCGACCGCUCCCCCACCGGCAUCCUUCACCGCCACCCUUUUUAUCUGAUCCCAGAUCCCAUGUCCAUACAACUUGGUCUCUAUCCUCUGACAACUGCAAGGUUCGAGAGGGAAGCUUCCUUGGUGUAGUGGACCUCUGCCCUACUCGAUGGUCCCAAUUCAUCAUCGGAGCGGCACAUAUACACCUUCGCCCGCGCAGAGUAUCAUAACAGCCAGCAGCCAUUCGCCUCACGGUCCACAUACUGGAGGCCUCAGCGCAGGCCCAAGCCCAAGCACCCCGACUGGCUCGAACUCAUUGACGAAGAUUGUCGUCGCACAAGUAUACCUACUCCUCAGCACCAUCAAGGAAGAUAAGGACAGAACAAAGUGGGAAGCACAAGCAGAACAGCUCAGGAAGCUGAUCGAUGACCACGGCAUGGAAGUAUUCCAGAAAUACUUCAGCCGACUGGUUGUUGGUAAUGCGCCACAGAUAUUCCCUGGCGUGAAUAGAUCAGUUGCAAACCCCGGAAACUACCAAAUCCUGGUCAAUGAGGUCCGAAAGGUAUCGCAUGAUGUCGACCAAGCUGGGAAGAUCGCCGAGUCCAUCGAAACAGCGAAUGAGGAUAUAUUCCGCGACUUCGAUCUGUCAACCUUUAUGGAGCACUUUAAGCUGGAUGCGCUCGAGAAGACAAUCCUAGCUUUAGCGUUCAAGCAAUGCUCGCGAUCAGAUCUAAAGACCAAAGCCGAUGCCAUACUUUCUGCAAACUUUCAAUCAUUCCUCCAAACCCUCUCCUCACCACAUGAUAAUCUCCAUGGAGACAUGACAGCAUCAUUUGUGGCAACCAUAAUCGACCGUUUUAUCCAAGAGCACCCGCCAAACUUCAACGAUGGGGCCAAGGCCGACUUCACGAUGGCGAUACGAUAUCGAUACUCUCAACCGGAACAGGACACACUUCCAGUCGAAAUUUUAGCAGCGCUAUAUUUAAUGAAACCCUUUUUCAACCACAGCCCUUUCAUAUUAUACAUUCGACGGAUGGGGGCUGCCUUUACGGCCGAUGAGGAAACGUGUAUAAAAUACAUUCGCAGCAUGGGAAUUAGUCGGCUUGAUGAAGAACAAGUCGGCAUGGCCCUUUUAUAUACAGCAAUAAGCCGCACACCUCGAUUUUCGACGCCGGUGCUCGUCAAGAGCCUUCGAAAGGAGCUACCUCGGAGCUUUAACUGGCAACGCGCCGUGGCACAAUUUGAUCAAGAAGGCCUCCGCAUUUCUUCCGAUCAGUUCUUUGCCCUCUAUUCAGCCCUUAAACCGCUUGCCGACGACCACAGCUCUUUCGACGUGCAAAGCUUGUGGGGUGGCCGUUGGCAGAACUCAGAAACCCAGUUGUCUUUCAUCAAUGCCUAUGCUUCAUUGAAUCCGGAACAGCUAGAUGCAAGCACUAUUCCGGGGUUGCAGCCGUCCUUUACUCUUGCAGAAUUCGCAGGAGCGAUGUCGAAUGUUCAAGAGCGUGCAGCAAGCGCCGUGAGACACCCCCUGGUGUCUGUACUUGCGCUGGAAGCGGUGUUUCAUGUGGCACUGCAAUCCAAUAUUGCCUCCGACACUCCUGAAGCCAAGCGACUCUUUCAAGAGGUUGUUGUACCGAACUUGGAUGUAUUCGUGGUGUCUGCUUUUGGUGUGCCAAAACCUUGGCCGGAGCUGGCGACUGAUACACUUAACUCUCUAUUUGAUCGCUUCCUAUACAAAAUCGACCCAAAUUACGACUUUGUGUUGUUCUCGGUUUGGAAUAAAGACAGGAAUUGGCUCGUCGGGCGACUCAUUGAGACGCAUGGGCGAACACCACUCGAACUGCCUAUGAUCCUUGAGCAUUCAAUCAGACAUAAUUGGCUGUAUGACCUCCUAAUAUUAAAUGGAUUUGGUUUGGAUCUUGCUGCCUGGGCACAUGCGAGCGGCAAACUCGAGCUCGAUCAGUGGCAGCAAAAGCAUUCCCAACACCCCGACGAACUAGCACAGAUGCUGCUUAACUUCCUCGGCAUUAAGGCGCAGCAUGAGCUUCAGGUGCAAAGGACUGAUCAGGAGCAGCCUACAAGUGUCAUGCUACCUGUGAGGACGAUAUCAGCGCUUUUGAAUAUAUUGACCAGUAUCCUGCCUCGAUCAUUAAGCACGGAGCAGAUGGCGCUUCAACGGUCAUGCAUCACGGCUUACCCUCGGCUGGUCAACUAUGGCGAGGGUUUUGAUGACAUUAUCGAUGAGAACGGUCGUGAAAGGAACUCGCUACCCAUCGAAGCCAACGAGAAAAUGGAGGAGCACUACAAGCGCAUGUACAGUGAAGAAAUUAAAGUUCGAGCUGUUGUCGAAGCCCUCAGAGACUAUAAGCUGUCACGCAACCCCUCUGAUCAGGAUGUCUUUGCCUGCAUGAUUCAUGGACUUUUUGACGAGUAUAGUCUCUAUAGCACCUACCCUCUGGAAGCGCUCAAAACGACCGCCGUCUUGUUCGGUGGAAUCAUCAAGGCGAAGCUUCUGCCGGAUUUACCAUUGGAAGUUGCCCUCGGCAUGAUUUUGGACGCGGUGAAAGAUAAUACUCCUGACCAGCCAAUGUACAAGUUUGGUGUGGAGGCACUGAAGCAAACUUUCGAAAGGUUUGGAGAGUGGCCAGGCUUCUGCAGGCAUCUGUUGCGAAUUCCUGGACUUCAAGGGACAGAUGUUUGGGCUAGAGCUGAUGAAGUCUGCCGUGAGCAGGCGGAUUUGUCACGAAGCGGCAACGCGAACGACUUGUCCGCCGACAACUCCGUUAAUGGCGGUGCUAUCCCGAAUGGAAACUUUGACGACAUGCUUUCCACUGACCCAAGUGUUGCGCCGUUCAACGCGCUACACGUUGACCAGCCGGCAUAUAACAGUAUUUAUGAGGACCCGUCGGACGACACCCAAGAGAAGGUUUUAUUUGUGUUGAACAAUAUCACAGAGAGAAAUCUUGAGACGAAAUUCAAAGAGCUUAAAGAUGUCAUCGAGGAGAGGCAUCAGCAAUGGUUCGCAGGACAUCUCGUCGAAGAGCGCGCAAAGAUGCAGCCAAACUACCACCAGCUCUACCUUGACCUCGUACGCCUGUUCGGAAACAAGUCACUUUGGUCGGAAGUCUUACGCGAGACCUAUGUUAGUGUGAUCCGAAUGCUUAAUGCGGAGGCCACUAUGCAGUCGUCUACCGAGCGCGCUCACCUGAAGAACUUGGGUGGAUGGCUGGGAUCCUUGACGCUAGCACAGGAUAAGCCGAUAAAGCACAAGAAUAUCGCGUUUAAGCAGCUGCUCCUCGAAGCUUUCGAUACUCAACGCUUGAUCGUUGUUAUCCCCUUUGUAUGCAAGGUAUUGCUGCAAGGCGCAUCGUCGACGAUCUUUCAACCUCCCAACCCUUGGCUGAUGGACAUCAUACACCUGCUCAUUGAACUCUACCAACACGCAGAGCUCAAACUUAACCUCAAAUUCGAGAUAGAAGUUUUGUGCAAAGGCUUGAACCUUGACCAUAAGAGUAUAGAGCCUUCGACGGACAUUCAGACUCGCCUGCCAGCUAUUGAUGAACCAACCGAGCCUAUUUCGCUUGAUGUUGUCGACAGAUUUGAUAGCCUUUCUAUGAAUGGUAUCGCACCUGGCGUUGGCACCGGCCGAUUCUCGCCGCAGGAUAUAACUUCGUCAAUUCCCGACCUGGGUCCUCUUCUGGUGUACCCCCCAGCAAAUGAUCUGGUUAACCAACCACGCCUGCAAGAUAUUGUUCGAACAGCGAUUACCCGUGCUGUGCACGAGAUCAUAUCACCCGUUGUUGAGCGUUCAGUCACAAUCGCAGCGAUCUCAACUGCCCAAAUGAUCCACAAGGAUUUUGCCAUUGAGGGCGAUGAGAAUAGAUUACGACAUGCUGCUAUUGCUAUGGUCAAGAAAACUGCUGGCAGCCUUGCCCUGGUUACUUCGAAGGAGCCUCUCCGAGCUAGCAUGAAUAAUUAUAUUCGCGAAGCCUCUAUGAGCAUGAACCAGGGCUUAGCAGAAGGGACCAUUAUCAUGUGCGUCAACUCUAACCUUGAUAUGGCCUGCAAGCAAGUUGAGAAUAAGGCCGAGGAGCGUGCCGUUCCCGAGAUUGAGGAUAUGAUCGAGUCAGAAAUUGAGGCGCGCCGCAGAUGGCGAGCUUCAAGACCUACCGAGCCAUACGUUGACCCUACUCUGAGCCGUUGGGCAAUGACCAUUCCAAACCCGUAUAAGCUAUUACCUGGCACUCCGGGAGGACUCAACUCAGAACAAAUGGCUAUAUACGACGAGUUCGCCAGACAGCCUCGCAUAGCCCCUCUCGGCAUUUCAGCACAUGCUACGUCUGCAUCGGAUGCCAGCCGCUCCAUAGCAAAUGACGUCCUCCAGGACCAAUAUCCAUCUGUGGGGAACUUGCCAACGCUGGCAGAACCCCCAGUAAUGCCGCUUCUCAACAGUCAGCCGCAUACAUAUGGGCAACCGGCUGCCUCGUUGACUAACGGACGAUCUCCAGCUCCUCCUGUUGACCACAGAAAUCUUGCGGACCGAAUUCAAGAACUACUCGAUGAGCUCUUGAGGGCAGCAAGCAGCUCUCCAGAGCAGCACUACUCUGAAUUGCCUCGACAUCACACUAUUGUUGAUAUUGUUGAUGCACUCGGUCAAAUUAUCAUUAGGAACACUCAAGUGUCUGAUGAGGCCUCGAGGUUCACUGCAGACCAUAUUCUGCAAUUGCUAUUCAGGCCAGCUACUGAGGGUGACCUUGCCAUUGAGAGCUUGGUGCACAUUCUAGAUAUGCUUUGCCAGCUGCACGGUGGCACAGCUCGGCAUGUUGUGAUGUUUAUUGCCCUGCAGCCCGAUGAACGCUUGUUGAGCGUCCCACUUGUCCUGUCCUUGAUCAAUACGGACAUCUCGCUUCUCGACUGGCAACGCGUUGAUAUCGCUGCCUCCAAAGCUUUGCAACAACGCAAGGUGUCAGCAAUUGAUUUCUUGUCGGCGCUCACAGGCCGAGUGCUUCUGGUUGAUAGACCUGUCGCAUUAUUCACAGACUUUGCAAGAAGCUUUGAAGCUCUUGCUCAGUGGCUGGGCGAGGAGCCCGAUUUGGAAGCUGGCAAGCAGCUUAUCCAGAAGCUAAAAUCAUCUGGCCUAAUGCAGACUUUGACCAGUGAUAGCGACAACAAAUUCCAGGCUCACAAGGACCAGAUGGGCUACGUCUUCGAGGAAUGGGUCAACCUGAGUAACAGCGCAAGCGCCACUGACAGCAUCACCAAUAACUUCAUUGAGCAACUCCACAACAAACAGAUUGUUACCGAUCAAGAGAAUACCUGCUUAUUCUUACGUAUUUGCAUUGAUGCGUCUGUCGAUCGUUUCGAUCACCACUUCCAGAACAACGGCUUAGCCAAUGACGCCUAUCUCCCAAUUGAUGCUUUGGCUAAGUUGGUUGUACGCCUGGUGAAGCGAUCUGACGAACGACCUGGCGAAGUCCAGCGUGAUAAGGUGGCUUAUUUUGAGGCCAUCUUGUCUCUCAUACUUCUUGUUUUGAACCAUCACCACGUCAUGCGUGGUGAAGGUUUCAACCAAAAAGUUUUCUUCAGGCUGUUCUCGACAAUGUUGCACGAAUUCAAUGUUGUUGCGCCACAAUUCUCAGAAGCCGACAAAAAUCGAUUCUAUCAAGUAUUUGCCGAUGCAUUCUUGAAGUUGCAACCAUCGCGCUACCCCGGAUUUGUUUUCGCAUGGGUGGGACUCAUCUCUCACAGAGACUUCAUGCCUCACAUGUUUCGAUUGCAGCAGCAGAGUGGGUGGGAACCACUCGUGAAGUUAUUGGAGUGCCUGAUGCUAUACUUGGGAGAGCUUCUUAAGCAGCUCCAUAUAUCGCCAGUGACGAAAGACAUUUACCAUGGAGCAAUCAAGGUUCUUGUGGUCCUGCACCAUGAUUACCCAGAGUUCCUAUCGGGCAACCAUGUUCGCCUCUGUGCUGCUAUUCCUCCCCACUGCAUUCAGCUGCACAAUAUGAUUUUGACGUCAGGUCCAUCGGCAUUCUCCAAAAUGCCUGAUCCUCUGCAGGCCGGUCUCAAGAUUGACCGCGUUGAGGACAUUCGCGAGCCUCCGUCCGUUGCGUUUAAUACGGAGGCGCCCUUGAAAGAAGCCGGGCUCUUGGAUCUUGUCGACCAGGCAUUGCAAAGUGGACCAUCUGAAGAUGCUGUCGCUCAUAUUGUACAUGUAAUUCAGCGCCAGAAGAGCCACCAUACAUCAGCGGGAUACCUACCAAUUCACGUUGACUUGGGGCUUAUCGACGCAAUCGUAUUGCACAUGGGUAUGCAAGCAAUAGAAAAUGCUGCUCAGAAAGGCGGGCCAAUCUUCAUCCAAGGGUCUCCUGAUUCAGCUCUCUUGACUAUGCUUAUCCACGAGCUGAGCUCAGAGACACGCUACUACUUCGUGAAUAGCAUGGCCAACCACCUGCGGUUCCCCAAUGCCCACACUCUUUAUUUCAGCCAGUCCUUACUUGAUGUAUUUGGCAAUGACAUGAAUGACCAGGAAGAGUCUGAUAUCCGUCAACAAAUAACUCGGGUUUUACUGGAGAGACUCAUUGGCCCUUGGCCACAACCCUGGGGCCUGCUCAUCACAAUCUUCGAGCUCAUCAAGAACGAAAAAUACAUGUUCUUCGACCUCCCUUUUAUCAAAUCCGCACCAGAGGUCGCCGAACGAUUCGCCGCGUUGACCCAACGUAAUCCUUGAAGGCGUUCCCUUACGCUCUCUUCUGAUUCACCAGACUAUUGUUGACUCGAGCAUACUCUGGAAACAAAGGAUACGAUUUAUACAUGCUGCCUGCCGAUCGCAGGCAGCAUGCACUUUCCACAAAGCUGUGAUUUUUCAAUUGUUUACAUAAAAACUCUUACUAUCCAUUGGCGGCGCAUGACAUGAAGAUUUGGAGAGAGUCUGGUUCCCUGCAUAGCGAGCGUCGGGUUUUAAACGGUGGAUAAUGCAUAUCUCAAAACGAUAAUGGACGCCUUUGCCCCUCAGUAAUGUCGAGCGGGACAACAAAGCGUAUGGGGUUUCGGGAGGGGAUGUAUGUUUCUUUUACGGGGCUUUUGCUUUGCUGUUAGCGGGGCUAGGCAGCGCGGGGUGGGGGGGAUGGAUAGAACCCAUGGAUGUCACACAUAUGGCGUUGGGACUGGGGCUCUUUUGCUGCGUUUUUAUUUAUUUAUAUGAGGGGG